UGUCCUCUCUGGUGCGCUCAGCCAACCCCUGCUGCUGUAAUGUAAAGCUGGUAGUAUCCUGGUGUUCCGCUGUAAAGAAUCCGUUGAAAGGACCCGGUUUGAAAACAUCGCUGCCCUGUGACUUGAAUAUUUUACUGCAUCGGAGGAAACCCGCAGCCUAAUUACGCAUGGAACGGUUAUGGGGGGACUGGAGUAGAAAUGCAGCGCUGCACUUCCAGCUCACAACAAGAACCAUGCCCAGCUUACAUUGCAAGACAACCUAUGACAUCCUGUUUUAUCCAACGCGACUUUGAUGUGAGUGAAAACCGCUCGCACAGCGACGAGGAGUGAAGAGAAACCCCACCGAACAAGCCGACGGACGUUCCUGCUGCGGGCGCUUGUGUACCGAAAACCUCUGUUUUUAGGAUUUUUUGAUGGAGCUGGAGAACAUUGUAGCCAACACUGUACUGCUCAAAGCAAGAGAGGGUGGAGGAGGAAAGCGAAAAGGAAGGAGUAAGAAAUGGAAAGAGAUCCUCCGGUUCCCCCACAUAAGCCAGUGCACUGAGGUGGGAAACUGCAUCGAGAAGGAUUAUGUCAGCAUCUGUGAGAAACAGCCAAUUGGACAGCUUCUCUUUCGUCUUUUCUGUGAGACGAGAAUCAAACUGCAGCGAUGCAUCCAGCUGCUGGACGCAAUGGAAGACUAUGAGGUGACACCCGAUGAAAAAAGAAAAAGCAGAGGGGAAGAGAUCAUCCAGACCUUUCUCUCAAAACAAUCACCUCAGCAUGUCGACAUAGCGGAGGCUUUUGCAGACCAGUGCAGAGAGAACCUCAAGCUCAGUCCAUGUAAGGAGAUCUUCAGCAACUGCUCUAAAGCUGUACAUGACUACCUGAGUGGAGAUCCAUUCUCAGACUACCAGAAGAGCAUGUACUAUGACCGAUUCCUGCAGUGGAAGGUGCUGGAGAGGCAACCAGUCACAAAGGACACGUUCAGACAGUACCGAGUACUAGGGAAAGGGGGAUUCGGAGAGGUGUGUGCCUGCCAGGUCCGAGCUACGGGGAAGAUGUACGCCUGCAAGAAGCUGGAGAAGAAGCGGAUAAAGAAGAGGAAAGGAGAGUCCAUGGCUCUCAACGAGAAGCAGAUUUUAGAGAAAGUCAACAGUAGAUUUGUUGUGAGCUUAGCGUAUGCAUAUGAGACCAAAGACGCUCUGUGUCUGGUGCUGACCAUCAUGAAUGGCGGAGACCUGAAGUUUCACAUCUACAACAUGGGAACACCAGGCUUCGAGAAGGACCGAGUCCAAUUUUACGCUGCUCAGAUCUGCUGUGGACUCGAGCAUUUGCACAUGGAGUCCAUCGUCUACAGGGAUCUAAAACCAGAGAAUAUCCUAUUAGAUGACAAUGGACACAUCCGUAUCUCUGACCUGGGCCUGGCCAUCAAGGUGCCUGAAGGAGAGCUCAUCAGAGGCAGAGUGGGGACUGUGGGCUACAUGGCUCCAGAGGUGAUAAACAAUGAAAAGUAUGCCAUGAGUCCUGACUGGUGGGGGCUGGGCUGCCUCGUUUACGAGAUGACUGCUGGACGAUCGCCCUUCCGCGCCCGCAAAGAGCGAGUUAAGCGGGAGGAGGUAGAGAGGAGGGUGCAGGAAGAGGAGGAGGAGUACAACGACAAGUUUACAGAGGACACAAAGGCCAUCUGCAGAAUGCUGCUGACCAAAGACCCGAAGCAGAGGCUGGGGUGCCAUGCGGACGGAGCAGCGGGCGUCAAGGCCCACUCGUUCUUCAAAAACAUCAACUUCAAGAGGCUGGAGGCUGGAAUAGUGAAGCCUCCCUUUGUGCCUGAUCCUCGGGCCGUGUACUGUAAGGACGUUUUGGACAUAGAGCAGUUCUCCACAGUCAAGGGAGUCAAUUUGGACCAAACUGACAAUGACUUCUACUCCAAAUUUGCUACAGGCAGUGUUUCCAUCCCAUGGCAGAAUGAGAUGAUAGAAACUGAGUGCUUCAGAGAUUUGAAUGUAUUUGGGCCUCCUGGGACGAGACCUCCGGAUCUGGACUGGAAUCAGCCACCAGAGCCGCCCAGACGCAGCCUGCUGGACAGGAUUUUCAGGAGGCAUCACCCAGAGGUGUCUAUUUCCCACAGCCGCGUGCAGUCUUCCAGUGUAAACUCUGUGGACUCCAUGUCCAACUCUGCCCCCUAGUGGCACAGUGACAGCGUGGGAGCCACACACACACACAAAGGGAAGGAACUCCAAGGGGCUUCCCCGCUGCUGAUUGGUUCACAGCUGGGACCUGAGCAGCAGCCGGAGACAGCCUGUCUAAGAGCCUAAAUGGUCAGCCCCGGGGGGGUGGGGGGGUGACCGGGCCCUGAGACCUUGGACAUUUGUAUUGGGAUGAUCAAUGUUGCAGAGACGUUUGGAAAUAUUUGGACAAACUUUACUUACCCUCAGGAUCGUUGGACUUCAGAACAGAGCCACUGACGUUGAAGAAAACAGGAAAAGGAUAGAAAACAAGCUAAUAUUCAGGGGAUCCACUGUAAAAUGAAGACCACCACAGGGAAUGGAAGAUGGAGUCUUGGCGAUUUUUUCUUUUUUUGCCAGACAAGGAAUUUCUUUUCCACUGUUUUCCAGUCCUUCUUACUUUCUGGCCUUUAUCUUCUACCAGUAUCUCUUCAUCUGUACAUCCACAUCUUCUACAAGUGUCUACAACUCUUCCUUAUACUUUUUCUUUCUCUAUAUUUCCACCUCCCAUACCUCAGAUCACUCCUAAACAUUCAAAACAAAUCACCUCGACAACCUCAACACAUUAUAUACAUUGCCUUGCGAACACUCAGGCCAAAGAUUACAGCUUAGUUUUUGUGAUACUAUUGUCAUGUUGAUUUCUUGGUUUUUGAAGGCUGUUGUUUAGAACCACAGGAGGGUCAGAGUGUGUGAUCCUUUCUCUUUAUAUGAGCCUGCAGACACGUCAUACUGCUUAAAGCACACAUUCAUUACACACUCAGAUAGACAUGCUCAGACAGAAUUGUGAGAAUUGUAUUGUGUUAUCAUUGCAUGGACAAGUGUAAGUAUGGACAGCUGUAUCCCUAAUAGCUUCUGCAUACCUUAUUCCAUCUACAUCAUCAUUGUAUACAACACACAGACUCCCAGUCUCCCUCAGUUUACAGUGUAACUUUAUAUUUGACAUUAUGUGGGGAAAAAAUUGUAAUAUGCUGUACAGAACCAGAAAUCUCUUCUUUUGUUUAUUUGCUCAGUUUUACCGCACAGCCUCCAUUCACAUUAAUCCCAUGGCCACCAUUUUCCUUGAGUCAAAGUCAGGGUAGGAAGCUCAAAUGUUAUGUUGCACUGCUUAAUUGCAGGUUUAAAACCCUAUAAAUUGACAUUAAUAUGAAAAUCAUUCAGCUGCUUUUUGACUGGUCAAGAACUGAAGGAGUCGUGGAGAGUAAUGCUGCCUUAAAAUGAGAAUUAGGGAAAUCAUGUACAGGAACGUCUUUGCAAAUUGGAGCAGUAUGGGAGCAUUGGUGAUCAUGGAGCUCAACAGUGCCUGCCCACUUUUUUUGGCAGCUCUGGUUCUGAAAGUAAAUUUCCCAUUUAAAUCUUCCAAACUGAUAUAGACACUUAUGUACCUUAUAUGUACCUUUUUACUGUUCACAUUUGAAACGAUAUUGUUAAAAAUGCAUUGUAGUUUCAUAUAGCUUCAUACAACGGCAACAUGUUUUGUCACCAACAGCUGACAGUCAUCGAGAUUUGAUUCUGUCAAUAUUGGUUUAAUAUAAAUUCUUUAUACUGAAGCUGAAAUUUACUGAACUGAGGAGAUGACCAAGUGAAUCAAGGAUAUUGGUAUCAUUCAUUUGUUUUAAGAGGAACUGGUUGGUGAAAUAAGAAUCUCAGAAAACUCUGCUUCCUAAAGGGAGAAAUGUUAAAUGUCUUGCUGGGCUCUACAGCAUCUUUAUAGUAUAAUGGUCAUGUUGCAACUCUUUUAACAUGGAGUGCAACAUGAUCAUGCCCCAUUACCGUGCAAAUACUGUUACACAGCUAAUAAAGCUAGCUAAAUAUUCUUGUGUAUGUUAUCUGAGGUAUUUUCUCCAUUUUUCUCUCUCCAGUAGAAGUUGGAGAAUAAUAUCCUGUUUGAGUAGUAAGAGAUGACAUUUAUGUUUUAAUCUCUAAAAUGCUCCAACAACCAGGAAUAGCAUAUGUUACAAAGCAAAGUCCUGUUUAGAGAGAAAGGAUUAGAAGUCGCACCACGCAGAGUAUCAUGGAGGCUAGGGAUAAGGUGAAUAAAACAACCACAUUUUAAGAUAAAAGUGAUCAUUUGUGGUUAACAGUUACGUCUGCUUGAGGUUAGCAAGCUAACUGUAACAUUAAUCAGGUAUUGGUAAACAGCUAUUGUAGCUGAUUCUUAAUAUGAAGUGCUGAUUAUUUUUUAACUCAAUCAAAAAGCUCUUAAUGUCCGCAAUAUUUCAACUUUUACUCAGUUAUUUGCAUUUGCAAACCAGGAAUACACUAAAAGAUUCAGGAACCAUUCCUUUUUGUUAGCUAGCUUACAUUACAUUAGCUGAAGUGGCUGCAUGCUAAGCUGCUUGACUUAGCUGCUACCUGAGUUUUUUGUUGGCUAACCCUGAAAUAUGAUUCAAAAUCCCUCAUUAUGUUCACUACUUUGGCUUUUCAUUUAAUAAAAAAACAGGUGUAAAAUUAACAUUUAAAAGCACUAUGUGAUACAGUAGUAAAGGCUACUGAGGUCAUCUUAAAGGAAGCUAGGAAGUUAUUAUGCUAAUGCUAGCUGAUCUGACAUAUUUCUCUAGAAUGGGUUUUAUGUGUUCACAGUUUUCAAACCUGGAAAUACCGUCACAGUAUCAGACAGCAUGAGGUUUUGAGCUUAAACCCUCGUGCAUUUUUUAACAUUAGCUACUUUGUGGAUAAGCUAGCUAGGGAUUUGUUGAAUGCUAUUGUAGGCUAGUUGUAUUAUUUUGCUUCAUGUCCCUCUGGAUAAUCACAGAACGUUGUCUUUUCAGUCGCUGAUCAGUUAGAAAACUACCAGUGGCAACAUUUCUCCCCCCAGAUUCACUUUUUUUAUUUAUUCUAACAUUGCUACAGCCUUUGAGCUUCACGCCCUCAGUGCUGGAGGAAAAUGGCCGCCGCACGAAUACAGUGGAUGGAUAGUGGAGAACACAUGCACUCAGCCUGACUUACAAGUUGCACAAUUUCAAAUGCUGUCUUGCUGUUUCUUCACCAAAUGAGAAAUGUUUUUACCUCUGAUCUUUAAGGCACAUUAUUGUAACUGUAUUGUCAAACGCCUCUUGUUUUCUACAUCCCUAACUAAAGUGGUCUUGUUCUCCCAAAAUGCCUUUUCCAUGUAAAAGAUAUUGCUGCAUAGCCAUGGUUGUCUUUUCUAUGUUGCCCCCUUUACAGUUACUCUGCUCUUCAAAAUGCCUCACAAACCUAAAGGGUCUUCCUCAACAGUUAUCAAAGACACAGGGUAUCUAAAGUGGAUGUUUUCUGAAUCUUUUUUAAUCCACAUCAUGUAGGAGAGAGCGAGGAGGAAGCGGGAGAAACACCACAAAGAGACGUGGCCUUCUCGCAGCACAGCCAGUCUAAAGGGAAGAAGAGCUCAGUCUUCUUCGCUUGUUUCAAGAAUGUGACAUUUUCUGUUUCUGAGUUAGUCCAUGCAGUAAUUUUAAUCAUCCUCACAAAUCUCACAUUAAGCCUGUUUUUUUUUUCUUUCUGUAUGUACUAAUAUGAAAAAGGAAAAAAAACUGAAUCAGACUGAAGUGCCUCCUUGUUAGUACGAUCUCCCAGACAAUGCUCACACAGACAUCAGCACUUUGUUUAUUCUCUGACUGUCAUGCUCUGUUUGUUUCGCCGGGGAACACAUCAACACAGACACACACAGUCUCGCACAGUUUGUUGGAAGGGAAAUGAGGGGAAGGAUGGUAAAUGAUGGUGAGGAGAGGGUCAAUUAGGGGAAUUCUCCUUCUUAAUGUGAUGUACAGAAAAGUGCUGAGUGCAUGUGAAAGCCAGACCCACUGUGUCUUUCAAGUCCCAAUAAACUCUGUGCUAUAGUUUGAGUACUCCACAGUA